AUGCAACGAUGCUCCCGGCCGAAACGUCGUCGCCUCGGCGCGAUGCUCCUGGGCGCGGUGGAGCCGUCUGAGCGCUUGGACUUCUUCUCUCACCCCCAGGGCGAGGGUUUGCUGGUCCUGGAUGAGCGCUUGUGCCUCCCGGGCGCCGGGAAUGUGAGGAUCCAUUUCCACGCGGGGUCUGCGACAGAGCAGUUCCGCCUCCAGUUGCUACGGCCCUUUGAGGCGGAGGUGGGCGCAGGCUAUCAGCUGCUGGAGGCUAUGGAGCUGCAGGUGGAGGAGGGCCUGCAGUCCCUUCAGCUGCCCUUCGCCUUUCAGGCCAAAGACUGCCUGGCGUGGCAAUCCUGGCGGCAUGGCGUCAUCAGCUUCCACGAGGAGCUCGCCCCCGCCUCUGUGAAGCUUCUGCUGCCCGGCGCCCCGCUGCGCCUUUCGGAGCGCAUCGAAGCGCGGCACUUCGCGCAGGUGGCAAGGCGCUAUGCGCUGCAACUCGAAGUGGAUGUGGUGCCCUCGCCCGCCAGCGACGCGGACGAACGCGAGGCGGACGCGGUCCGGCGAUGCCGCUGGGAGGAGAUCCACUGGGCUUUGUCGUCCGCCGCCGGCAGUCAGCAGCUGCCUGAGGGGGACGGCAUUUGGUCCAUGGGCAACCGGCGGAUGUGCGAGAGCUUGGGCCACGAGUUCCAGUCAGGGCGCUUCAGCUUUCUGGGGGAGCACUUGCCGUUACAGUUCGGGCUUUGUGCCCCAGCUCAGUGCGACAGAAACGACGCCUCGGAGCAGCUCUUGGCGCGUUUGGCACCAGAGGCUGUGCCGCUACUGCGGCAGGCGGAGUUUAUGGAGAUGCCGCGCUGGGCCGCAGGCGACCACUGGGGCCUGGUGCUGGCACUUCUGUGCCCCGCCCUGGUCGGCCUGGCGGCUGAGAUAAGCUUCUCUUGGCGUGCAGGUCGCUGCUCUCCUUGCCAGGCGCUGCGGCGGCUUUUCCAACCCCGCCUGGCACAGAGGGAAGCGCAACUACUGCGACGGCUGGGGUGCUGUCUACUGGGCCUGCUGCAUUUGCUGCUGGGCCUGGACGUCUUCUGCGCGCCGGAGCCGCCGGCGUUUCUUUGGCGGGACCUGGAUACGGUGCUGGGGUAUGUCUCCACCCAGGCGAUGCUGCUGCUGUCUGCCCGCUGGGCCGCCCAGGCGGGUGGCCCCAGGGAGCUCUGCGGGCGAUUGCUUCGGAAGUGGCUGCGUCUGGCACCGGCCGGGCUGGCCUUGCGCUUGCUCUUCUGCCCGCUGCCGGCGCGGUGGAGACACAGCGGGGUUUCGGCCCGGAGGUCCGCGGGUGACACGCUGGCGGUGGACUGCCGACUCCCGCGCUGCAGCAGCGCGCCCACCUGCGCGGAGCCCUUGGAGGGGUUGCCCUUCGGUGGCAAGGACGUGAUCAUGGCCUUUCCAGAAGUCGCUGACGUCGGCUGGUUUCUGGACGACCGAUUUGACCAACUGCUUGCUGCUGACGCUGCUGAAUCUUGCAGAACGCCUUCCAGGAGGCCGGCGCUUGGCUUUGGCGCUGGCGGCGCUGUGGGCCUUGUUGGCGCUGCUGGUGGCGGAUCUGUCGAGCCCAAGGAUGCCGUUCGACUGCCGGCGAGGCUUGGCGGAACCCCUGGCCAUUGCCUUGCCGCACCUCUGUCUGAACUUCAGCGCGGCGCCGCUGCUGGCGUGGCUUACCCGCGACCGGCCCCCGGAGCCGCGCGCGCAGCCGGCGCUGGCGCUGGCGGUGGCCGCGGCGGUGCCGUGGGUGGCGGACUGCUUCGUCAUGAGGAGUCUGGGCGUUCCAGGCGCUUGCUACACCGGUGCUGGUAA